ACGGAAAAACAAAAAUCUCGCAUCGCUUCAGGUUUUACAGUUCAGUCAGUGUUUUGUGAAAACUGGGCUGCUCAGUAGUUAUUGCGACAGCGUUUAAGAAAACUCUUUAAAGCUCUUGUGCUAGUUUGGGGUUUAGAGGGGCGUUUUUUUCUGUUUGUUGAGGGAAAAGUAAGUCAUUAACUAAUACGUGUUUGGCUAACUUAACACAGAGAGCUAAGUUAAACUGCUGUACCGAAGCCCAAAAAGCCGUCAGUUUACAUGAGUGUAAGUAAGUUUCACCGAUGGAGAUCACUCCUAAAGCGAGCAAACUAAAGUCAUCUUCACCCUGUUAUUCGGCAGAGUCAAGCCCCUGUGACUAUAAAGAGGAAAAACAGCAUCCAAAGCUGAGUGCUUCCCUGAAGGAGAGGCUGAAGAGAUCAAGGCGCUCCUUCACUUCGCCCCUCUCUGUGGCUAAACGCCUUUGUGUGGAUGAUGAGGAGGAGGAUGGUCGACAAGUUUCGGCAGAUUCCCGGGAGACCGUUAAUAAUCUUUCAAUCAUUACGCACGAUGUUGAUGUAAACAGAAAUGAAGCGAGAUCAGGGAGUGAAAGGUUUUCUGGACCAGUUCCUGAACCAACAGAGGACUUUGUACAACAACUCAGAAAGGAGGUCAAAGACAAAAAGGAGACUCUCCGUAGGCUCAAGAUGGUGAAAAUGUACAGAAGCAAGAAUGAUUUAACACAGCUCCAAAGCUUGAUUGACAAGUGGCGGAGUUGUGCUCAAGCUGCACUGUAUGAGCUCCAGUCAGAAGUCCCCAUAGACGGACGAAAGGCCGACCUGUCUGAGCUUAUUGACCUCUUCGGUCUGGAUGGCGGCAUUCUGCACUUUGAUCGCACAGAGGAGGACUUCACUACCUGAUAAAAUGCUUUGAAACACAUCAUUUCUACCAUCAGUUAACAAAAAAGCUCCACAAAUGGAGUUAGUUGACAGUUUUACUUGUUGCUGCUACAGUUUUCAUUCACAGCUUAAUGUGCACGUUUCAUGUUCAGUUCAAUUGCUAAGAAAAGUGUAAAUAAAAUUGUGUUGACAAUAAGUCUUUGCUCAGUU